UAAUUUGAGGUAAGAGAAAACCAACAAUUUCGUACUUUUUGUUCAAGUAAACAAGAUUUGAGGUGUACAAAAUAAAAUAAAGUUUUAUUUAUCUAGUGAAGGGGAAGUUGCAUGUUUAAUUCUCAAGUCGCGAUGGCUGACAAAGAAGACGACGAAACCUUUCAAGAAGAUGACGUAUAUAUAAAUCCUGAAGAUGGAAUGCCUAAUGUUCAUCCAAAUAUCGCUGAUAUACAUCCGGACAGUGAUUCCCAUGACGAACUUAACGAAUUUGACGAUCUACCAAAGUCCGUGAUUGUAACAAAUAUACCAAGCGAUGUCUUCUCCGACGAGAAGUUGAAAAAAGAACUUGAAGAUUUAUUUCGUACGUUUUCUGAUAAUAUAACUUUUCAGUGGUUAAAAAGUUUUAAACGCCUACGUGUGAACUACGACAGCCCUCUAGCCGCAGCCAAUGCACGAGUACAACUUCAUCAGUAUCACUUCCAUAGUACCUAUAUUAAUUGUUAUUUUGCCCAACCCGUUACGCCAAUUUCAUUGAAGAAUCUGCAACCGCCAGCGCCUGUCAAGCAAUAUCUGAUUUCUCCACCUGCUAGCCCUCCUAUUGGAUGGGAGCCACGGGAAGAAGGUGAACCGAUAGUAAAUGCUGAUUUAUUAGCAGCAAUAGCUAGUUUGGCUCCUGGAGAAAGUCAUGAACUACAUGCCCCUACUCCGACACAGCCUGCGAUUAUAGUGCACACAGCCCUAUCUGCUGAGCCUGCACCCAUAUCCUGUAAGAUUCAACACACAAGAUGUCCUGAAUACUGAUAUGCCUUGUUGGAAUUUGUAGAUGAAUUAUAUUUUUAGAGUAGCAGUCCAAUGCUUUUUUCUGUCACAGAAGUCAAUUUGACCCGUGAUGCCAAAGAUAUUGCAGAGUUACUAAAAAUUAGUGAAAUUUAAAUGAAACUGGUAAUAUAUGGGCUCAGUUAUAUAAAUUUACGAUUAUUAUAUCUACAAACACAUUAAUGUUACUUACAUAUAAUUCACUUUUAUUAACUUAUGCCCAGUAUUACCAAUUUAUGUAGAUAAAUUUGCUUUUUAAUUUAUUUAUGUGAGGAAUAAUAAAAUUAUAUUGGUGCUAUUUUUUGAAUAACAUAACAUUUAUGUUUUCAGUUAUUAGAUAAAUAUAGAUUUAAUUUUGGAUAUCUAUUUAACACACCGUUUCUGGAACACCAACAUUUUUAAAUAUUAAAAGGUGAUGUUAGAAAAUCCAAAAUUUAUAGGUAUUUUAGGACACUUAUUUAAUGUAACAUAUCAUGACUUUCCAGGAUAUCAUUCAAACAAUUUUGUUUGCUCAACUUAAUAUAUUUAUCUUUGAAAACCUUUUAUAUAGAGUCUGACUAACAAUAUGUUUACCAACACUUGUAAAUUAAUUGUUUCAGGUGUUCUUAUUAAAAUAUCUAUUAUGUUUUAUUCAUUGGAAUAAAUCUUAUAUCUAGAUAUAAAUAAACAAGUUCUCUAUGUGGUUCUCUUUAUCAUUAUUAAUCUCUGAAUUUAUGGUCUAAAUGUCUCUCUCUCUCUGUGUUGUGGCCUCAUGUUAAAAUUUAUAUAUAAUUAUGGUCUUUAGAGCUUUAGAAAUAAAUUAAUUGCAUGAUUUGUAAAUGCAUAUUUUAAAUAUGUGUAUAUAAUAAUAACUGUUAUAUGUAUAAUAUAAAUUUAUGCAUGUUAAAAUAUUUUUUAUUUCUUGUGAUUGAAAAUUAUUUACAUUAACAUAUAUUUUUUUUUAACCUGGCUUUUUAAUGUAAUAGGUCGUAUAUUUUUGCAGACAAGCCAAUUGUUUUGUUGUUAAUCUUGUAAGCUUAUUAAAUUGUACAUUGGCAAUAAUUAUCUGCAAUACAAUUAUCUUAUUUGCUUUGCUAUUUAUAAAUGUGUUUCGUAUUUUCUUGUUUACAUUUUCAAUAUUCAUUUUAAAAACACCGGCGGUAUUUAUCAAGUUAGUAAUAAUUUAUGAAAAUCUCAUGUUAAAUUCUCAAGUAUGAGUGUCUCGGUAUUAGACAUAAAUGCGAUCUCGUUGAUAAAUUAAUAAUGUUUCUCACUGUCACAUUGUAAAUGUUAUAAUUGCUGUGAUUUCUACUAUUGUUUGAUGUAAAUACAAAAUAUUAUGGAA